AUGGGCGCUCCGAGCCUAAUUGCUGCUGGUAGUGUGAUCUUUCGGGAUGAAUGGGCGUGGGUUCGUGGAUGUUUUCAUACUCAAGGGGGUAUUGGUUUUGCCUUUGAAGCAAAGUUGUUGGUCAUUAUCACUGCUAUCAACAUUGCUCACGACCGUGGUUGGCUCCAUCUUUGGGUUGAAGCGGAUUCUAUUUACGUGGUUAGGUUACUGGAGACUCGGUCCACUCAUUUUCCUUGGCGUUUUAUUGCGUCUUGGAAUCAUGGUCUUCGUCUCCUUCAAGACUUUCAUUUGAUGGUCACUCACAUCUAUAGGGAGGGUAAUAAGCCUGCGGAUAUUAUGGCGAAUGGCGAGAGACAAGAGGGCUGGUGGCCGUUUGCUAUUGAGGACAUCAAGUAG